AUGUCAGAGAGUACCAAUAGCAGUAUUAGUGAGGCUAAUGACCUGGCAACAUUGGCAGACAGGGAUACAUUAGCAAACAGGUCACAACAACAACAUGAUUCCCAAAUAGAAUUGGAUAUUAUCAUUCCUCUUGAUAUUGCCACCGAACAUCAUAAUGAACAUGACCAUGAUCAUGAUCAUGGACAUGGACAUGGACAUGGUCAUAAACAUGGUCAUAAACAUGGCAAAGGACAUGGUCAUGGACACGGAGAUCACGGAGAUCAUGGACACGAUCAUGAUCAUCACCAUGAUGAUGAAAAAGUUGUAUCAACAUCAACAUCAUCAGAGGGACACGGACAUAAUCAUGAUCAUCAUAAGAAGGAUGAUCAUGCUACGAGAUCAAAGAAGAGAGCAUUGAAUUCACUCAUAUUGGCACUAUGUCUUACUAUACUAUUUAUGAUUGCCGAAGUUAUUGGAGGAUACUUGGCCAACUCCCUGGCCCUGAUGUCUGAUGCAGCUCACCUUCUAACAGAUAUUGGCGCGAUGAUACUAAGUAUAUGUGCCAUGUUACUGGCAAGGAAACAACCAACUGCAUUACUUAGUUUUGGAUUCCAUCGUGUGGAAGUACUUGGUGCAUUGGCAAGUGUACUGAUGAUAUGGAUACUCACAGCCAUAUUGGUAUAUGAGGCAGUACAUCGUGUACUAUAUCCACCUGAUAAAGUGGAUGGAAAGACAAUGUUGAUCGUUGCAUGUAUUGGAUUAAUAAUCAAUGUUGUCGAUGCUGUCAUACUACACUUUGGAGGUGCCUCACAUGGACACUCGCAUGGUGGAAGUGCACCAUCACAUGUCGCACAUACCAGCAACAAAGAUCAUGGUCACGGUCACUCACACAGUGGACAUGGUCAUGGACAAGAACAAGUGCAUCAUGAUCAUGAUCAUGGACAUGAACAUGAACAUUCAGAGACAGAAAGAGUGGCUCACAAUCAUGGACAUGUUAGGAAUAUCAAUGUACACUCGGUAUAUAUUCAUGUGCUUGGUGAUUGUUUCCAGAGUAUAGGAGUGAUCAUUGCAUCGAUCAUCAUCUGGGUCAAACCAGAGUGGAAGAUAGCCGAUCCAAUCACAACGUUCAUAUUCUCAGUGAUUGUCAUGUUGACGACAGUUAGAUUGAUGAAACAGACGUUAUUGGUGUUGUUGGAGGCUGUGCCUCAUGGUAUCAACGUAUCAGAUGUGCACAAUGACUUGGCCGGCCUGCUUGGUGUGGUCGAGGUACAUGACCUACACAUCUGGUCAAUCACAGUUGGCAAGCCAUCACUCACAUGUCAUAUCCAGGUCAAAGAUGGUGCUGACGGUGAAGACAUCCUAUCAUACGCCAAUCAAAUGUUACAACAAACUUAUGGCAUCGAACAUACUACAAUCCAAGUGGAGGUAUACAAUCGUAGACAACUCAGUAGUCCCUCUAUCAAGGCCAACAACAAUGUUCAUUCAUGCAUCAACUCAUGUCCACCCAUCAAAGCGGCAGUUGCAUCU